AUGGCGCCAUCGAAUAUAACCGUGCCUCCGAGGGGCCCGACCAAGUCUUCCUUGCAGACACCAAAGACUGCGCAAUGGGCAACCACCACUCUGCGUGUUGGUGGCAUGACUUGUGGCGCUUGUACAUCCGCUGUUGAAGCAGGCUUCAAGGGCGUCGACGGCGUGGGAAGUGUCUCCGUCAGCUUGGUCAUGGAAAGAGCUGUAGUCAUGCACGACCCCGAGCGAAUUCCCGCCGAGCAAAUACAAGAAAUCAUUGAAGACCGAGGGUUCGAGGCCGAAGUUCUUGCCACCGACCUGCCGUCCCCUCUCAUGAGGCGGGACGACAGCCUCUUUGACGCUGAUGAGCAAGAAUCAGGACCCGCAACCACCGUAACCCAGAUCGCUGUAGAGGGAAUGACCUGCGGCGCAUGCACAUCUGCAGUCGAGGGCGGCUUCUCGGAUGUGCCGGGUGUCAAGCACUUUAGCAUCUCCCUACUGUCGGAACGGGCAGUGAUUGAACAUGAUGCGUCCUUGUUGCCUACAGAGAAGAUUAUUGAAAUCAUCGAAGACCGCGGGUUUGGGGCUACACUGGUAGACAGCGAACUGCAACAACCGGUCAAAAAGAUAUCGCAGUCCCAAGCAGAUAAACCUUCAACGGCCACUACAACCGUGGCAAUCGAGGGAAUGACCUGUGGCGCAUGCACGUCAGCCGUUGAGGGCGGCUUCACCGGACUGGACGGCAUGCUCAAAUUCAACAUUAGUCUUUUGGCCGAAAGAGCUGUCAUCACACACGACACGAAGAAACUGCCAGCCGAAAAGAUCGCAGAGAUCAUCGAGGAUCGAGGUUUUGACGCCAAGAUCUUGUCUACAAUAUUGGAAACUGGCGAUGCGAGUGUUGCCGCCUCGACUGCCCAGUUCAAAAUUUACGGCAGUCCGAACGUUGAAGCCGCCACUGCAAUCGAAAACUCCUUGUUGGCCCUUCCUGGUGUCAAGUCGGCGAAACUUAGUCUGGCCACGGAAAGACUUACCGUUAGCCAUCAGCCGUCCGUCACGGGUCUGAGAAGAAUCGUGGAAACGAUUGAAGCUUCUGGAUACAACGCACUGGUUGCCGACAACGAUGACAAUAGCGCACAGUUGGAGUCCCUGGCCAAGACCAGGGAGAUUCAAGAAUGGCGCAGAGCUUUCAAGGUUUCUCUGUCCUUUGCCAUUCCCGUCUUCUUCAUUGGCAUGAUCUUCCCCAUGCUUAUCCCCAUUCUUGAUUUUGGGGCCUUUGAAAUAAUCCCAGGACUUUUCCUUGGUGAUAUCAUUUGUUUAUGUCUUACGAUACCCGUCCAAUUUGGCAUUGGCAAGCGUUUUUACACUUCAGCGUGGAAAUCCGUAAAGCACGGUUCUCCUACCAUGGACGUUUUGGUCGUUAUUGGUACCUCAUCCGCCUUCUUUUUCAGCGUCAUGGCCAUGGUCGUUUCCAUCUUGUUUCCUCCUCACACUCGGCCUAGUACCAUCUUCGACACUAGCACCAUGUUGAUCACCUUUAUCACUCUCGGUCGCUUCCUCGAGAAUCGCGCCAAGGGCCAAACAUCAAAGGCGCUGUCGCGGCUCAUGUCUCUGGCCCCGUCCAUGGCUACUAUCUAUGCCGAUCCAAUUGCAGCUGAAAAGGCCGCCGAGGGCUGGGAUUCCAUCAAGAGCUCGGAUGAGCCCAAGACUCCAGCCCGUGAAGGCAAUGCUGCAGAGGAAAAGGUCAUUCCUACGGAACUGAUCCAGGUUGGCGAUAUUGUGGUCAUUCGACCGGGAGACAAGAUUCCCGCAGAUGGCAUCAUUGUUAGGGGCGAAACCUACGUCGAUGAGAGCAUGGUCACAGGUGAAGCCAUUCCGGUUCAAAAGAAGAAGGGUGGUCACGUCAUUGGUGGUACGGUCAACGGCCAUGGACGCGUCGACUUCCGAGUCACUCGUGCUGGUCGUGACACACAAUUGAGUCAAAUCGUGAAGCUCGUACAAGACGCACAGACUACUCGGGCUCCCAUUCAACGACUUGCAGACACCAUUGCAGGCUACUUUGUGCCUAUCAUCUUGAUCCUGGGGUUGCUGACCUUCAUUGUCUGGAUGGUUCUCAGUCAUGUUUUGCCCAACCCUCCCAAGAUCUUCCUCUCGGAUGAGAGUGGCGGCAGACUGUUCGUGUGCGUCAAGCUCUGCAUUUCUGUCAUUGUCCUUGCUUGCCCUUGCGCCCUGGGUCUCGCUACCCCUACCGCAGUCAUGGUGGGCACUGGAGUUGGCGCCGAAAACGGCAUUCUGGUGAAGGGUGGUGCUGCCCUCGAGACCACGACCAAGGUGACGCAAGUUGUUCUUGACAAGACAGGAACAAUUACAUAUGGCAAGAUGAGCGUUGCUUCCGCCAAGAUCAUUCCUCUCUGGCAAGACAAUGAGUGGCGCAAGCGACUCUGGUGGUCUAUCGUCGGUCUUGCUGAGAUGGGCAGUGAGCAUCCCGUAGGCAAGGCAGUGUUAGGAGCAGCCCGAACCGAACUUGGUCUUGAUGCUGAGGCUGCCAUCGAUGGCAGUGUUGGUGAAUUCAAUGCUGCUGUAGGCAGAGGUAUCAGUGCCACUGUAGAGCCAGCUUCCAGCACAAGCCGAACCCGUUACAAUGUCCUCGUCGGCAAUGUUAACUACCUCCGGGAGAACAAUGUCGAGGUCUCUGACAAGGACAUUGAGGAUUCUGAACAGAUGAACUCCAAGAAGAACAGGUCAAAGUCUGCAUCUGCCGGGACAACCAAUAUCUUCAUCGCCAUUGAUGGUAAAUAUGCUGGCCAUCUCUGCCUCGCUGACAGAGUGAAAGAGGGUGCCGCUGCUGCGAUCGAUGUGCUUCACCGCAUGGGUAUCAAGACUGCCAUUGUCACUGGCGACCAACGCUCCACGGCCUUGGCUGUUGCUGCUAUUGUCGGCAUACCUGAUGAUGAUGUCUAUGCUGGUGUUUCCCCCGAUCAAAAGCAAGCCAUCAUCCGACAGCUUCAGUCGCAAGGGCAAUGCGUGGCAAUGGUCGGCGAUGGCAUCAACGACUCGCCUGCGCUUGCUACCGCCGAUGUUGGUAUCGCCAUGGCUAGCGGCACAGACGUUGCCAUGGAGGCUGCUGAUGUUGUGUUGAUGCGCCCGAACAACCUCAUGGACAUUCCAGCAGCGCUCAACCUAGCCCGAACCAUUUUUAGGCGUAUCAAGCUCAACCUUGGCUGGGCAUGUGCUUACAACCUCGUUGGUCUCCCCUUUGCUAUGGGCAUUUUCCUACCCCUUGGAUGGCAUCUGCACCCCAUGGCGGCUGGUGCUGCAAUGGCCUGCAGCAGUGUUAGCGUUGUCAUGAGCUCGCUUCUUCUGAAAUUCUGGAAGCGGCCUCAGUGGAUGGACGAUGCCCUCCUCACUGAGAAGGGCAGCAUAAAGAGACGAGGCCGUGGCUGGGGUCUUGAUGGUCUUGUUACCAAGAUCUCAGACCUAUUUAGUCGCAGAAACAAGAAGGACGAAGGAUACGUGCCUCUUGACACAUUGGAGAGGAAUGAUGUUUAA